AAGUCAUUUAAAUAAUUCGGAAUUCGAAAUCACCAGCCAGUUACGUAAGUAUCGUUAUCGCAACGGAAAUGUUUACUUGUAGCACACUUGCUUUCUGUAAUGCGACCGAGAUGACGUCAGCGUGGCUGAUAUUCGCUGAGUUUCCGGGACAGCUGGCCGCGGACGUCGACGCCGAUAGCUUAUCAGGGCUCAAACCGAGCCGCAGCCCUACGGCUCACGCCUUUUUCUCCGGCUCGGCGGUAGGCGGGGAAAGGGGCAGGAAGCCGCAGGACAUCCGACACGUACAGGAAGCAAAACCAGUUCUUGAGGCUUUGUCCCUCAACAACCUCCCGGUCCCCAGGCCUCUCCCGCCCCGCCUGUUCGACCACAUUCCUUUAGAGCCUCCGUGCGCGAGCGCACCCUUUCAUCAAACAUCACACUGAUAACUAAUAACAAUGUUUACGCACAAUGACACACAGGCAGAAACUAAAGGCUAUUUUAUUUCAACUGUUAUAUUAAAUUAUGACUUUUAAUAUAA